CGGCCGUGGCCCCGCCCUUGUGCCCGCAGCCGGACGCGCCCUCGGACUGGAUGCAGGAGGACUGCCUCUACCUCUCCGUGUUCACGCCGCAGCCCAACCGGACUGACCUCCCCGUGAUGGUGUGGCUUCCCCAAGGAGGCUUCAUCAGCGACGCGACGCCCCUGUUCCAGCCGGAGUUCCUCCUGGCGAAGGACGUGGUCCUCGUCGUCCUGCAGCACCGCCUCGGCGUCCUGGGAUUCCUGUCGACCGAGGACGCCGAGCUCCCUGGCAACCUGGGGCUGAAGGACCAGGCGAUGGCCCUUCGCUGGGUGCAGGACAACAUCCGCGACCUCGGCGGAGACCCAGACAAGGUCACCAUCUUCGGCCAGAACGCGGGGGGCGCGGCUGUGCACUACCACAUGCUGUCUCCCAUGUCCAGUGGCCUCUUCCAGCGAGCCAUCAUGCAGUCGGGGGGGCGGGCGCUGUGUCCCUGGGCGCUCCGGGAGGACCACCGGCAGGUGGCCUUCGGCUUCGGCCGCAUGGUGGGCUGUCCGGGCGACCGCGCGGACGCCGCCAACAGCACGGCGCUCGUCGACUGCCUCAGGGACGUCCCCGUCGAGCAGCUGAUGGCCGUGACGCCCUACAUCACGCCCUCCCCGUACGUCCUGACGCCCCGCGUGGACGGCGAGUUCCUGCCCGCCCACCCCGCCACGCUGGUCAGGGAAGGCCGCUACAACCGCGUCGACGUCCUCUCCGGCGUGACGCGGGACGAGGGCGCCUUCAACGCCAGAGCGUUCGUGGAGGACGGCGUCAUGGACAGCAUGAUCCAGAACUUCAGCCUCGUGGGCCCCCCCGCCCUCGGCUUCGAGGCCUGGGACGACGACCCCGAGUACCUGGCCCGCCUGGCCUUCCACAGGUACCUGGGGCCCAUGGAGUUCGACCUGACCAGGAUCGACCCUCUCGUCAAGCUCCUCGGCGACAGCUUCUACAGCAUGUGCCACGUGGAGGCCGUCGAGCACCACGCGCGCGACGCCGCCUUCGGCUUCCGCGCCUUCGCCUACGAGCUGCAGCACCGCGGGGAGCACGCCUUCUCCGACCUGUUCCGGGGGCCCUCGCCCGCGUGGAACCUGGCCUACGUGGGCGACUCGGACGACCUGCAGUACCUCUUCUCCUUCGAUAAGCUCAACGUCAGCCUGACCAAGGAGGAGGACCUCUUCGUGUCCCGGAUCAUGGUGGAUCUCUGGACCAACUUCGCCGCCACCGGGAACCCGACGCCCGACCUGUCCCUGGGCUUCAAGUGGACGCCGACCGAGGCCUCGAGCCUCUCCUACCUCGGCAUCACCUCCGCCCCCGCCAUGAAGCUCUACGACAGGGAGCAGGACAUCGAAUUCUGGAGGAACCUGCCGAGGAAGAUGAACAAGCUGCUGUACCCGGACCGCUUCUCGCAGGACAGGAACUAGGACGCCAGGAUGAGAGAGCCGCCGCUUCGGGUAUUUGAGGGAUGUGCCUUUAAUGCCCCAGCCCCAGCGCUUGAAUAAUUAGCACAUAUCUUGCA